UAUUCGAACGAAACGGUCGUCGAUCCGGCCGGUCGGUGUGUCUGCAGCAACAGACGCAGCACCAGUGAGUGUGUGCGCGUGUGCGUGUGCUUGUGUGAGAGAGUUAAAGACGUCGUGUGAAGACAUCAACUGCAUCCAAGCAGCGAAGCGAGGAGAGCUGACGUCGGAGUAGGCGACGCAUUGCGCUACCAACCAUCAUCACCAACACACACACAUACAAGCAAGUAUCCCGCGCAGGGAGGGAAAAACUAUGCAGCGUCUUCUGUGUGUACGUGCGUUUCCUAUCUGUCUGUGUGAGUGUGUGCAACUGUGUAUGGGUGUGUAGAAGCUUUUCGAAGGUUUCCCUGCCAGCCGUGUCUCGCAGGCAAUUUCACCUGGCCGCUUCGACGCAGAGGUGAAAGAUAUUCAGGAAAGAAAGUGUAGCAUCGUCAUCUCACCACCAGAGCUUGUGGGGGGUUGUGAAAGAGAGAGAGAGAGAACGAGAGAGAGAGAGAGAGAGAGAGAGAGAGAGAGAAAUGAUGUGUUGAACCAGUGAGUGAGUGAGUGAAAGAAAGCCAGUAGAAGAAAGUCGCUUUGCUUCGUCGUCGCCUGCAGCCGGCCACAAUUUCUCGGCACCACGGUGAGAAGACGACGUGUCAGGUUGCGAAUAACGAUCGCACUCUCUGUAUGUGAUCGGAAAACUUCCGACCCGCGGCGAGGGUGAACAGUGGACCGGUGGAGGUGGUGUAAAGUGUGAAAAGGCUUGGGAAAAGUCAGUGAAACUGGAAGUUUAGAAUCUGUCAACUAACUAAGUUAAAAAAACAAGUGUCACAUUGAAACAGCAUCGAGUGGUGCAGUGAUUUAACAGCAAGAAAGCGUGAAAGUGAAUGGUGGCAGCAGCUGCAAAUGAUUUGUGCAAAGAAUUUAUGAGUGAAAGAAGAAACGAAAGCCCAAGUUUAUGCCAUUGCCGUUGUGCACGCGCGUUGCAUUGAAAAGUGAACGUGCUAGCAAUUGGGUGCGAAAUAAUUCCCGCAGCAGAAUAAUUCCAACUCUCAGCAGGAACCAACGGACAGGCAGGAAAACGAAAAGUGAGUGAGCAGAAGCAGAAGAAAAGAAAAAAAAGUUAUAUUUCAGGUUCGUCGCUUGUGCGCUCCGCACCGCACAAGUCUUUCGUUGUUUGGAGGAGCUAAAUCUUGCACCGCGCACAAGGCAAAACAGGAACGGAAAGAGGAGGCAGAGAGAGAAAAGAAUCUGGAAGUAAAAGUGAAACGCGCGUCCGGACGUGCGCACGCACACACACACAUAGUGCGCACAACGCGAGCUGAGAGGUUCUCUCUUUCUGCACGCAAAGGGCCGCGCUCGUCCAGCGAGGAAUUCCAUCGUUCGAUCGAUCCCGCAGCCGUCCCACUCACACACACACACACACACACACACACACACACACACACACACACACACACACACACACACACACACACACACACACACACACACACAAACACACACUUGUACGUGUCGCGGACAGGGGACAGCAUCCCGUCAGCGGCGCGUCCCUUCACAUCAUUAAGCACGUCCCGCAGGGUGCGUGGAGGAACGAUCAUUUAUUAUUGGAAAAGAACAGAUUCUUGCUCCAUUCCGAAACAAUCCUACGCGAAUGUACUGCGCCGGGAAAAGAUGAGCGUCGAAAGAGCGCAGCAGCUCAACACGGCAGCAGCAACAGCAGCAUCAACACCUUCCUCAUCUAGUAGCUAUUGCGGUGUCUUACAUUUCCCAGCAACCAAGCGGAAAUAGGCUCUCAUCUAGUAGGCCGCUGAAAAGGACGGAAAGAACGAACGUCUUCUCAACAAAAGAGACGACGAAUCUAAUUUUAAGUAAGAAGCGUCCCACAGAAUCCAGCAGCAAUCAUGCUAGCCAAAAGACACCCUCGCUGGGAUGGCCCCGCAAGAGACACACAACAGAUGGCGUACAUCUACCGACUGAUAGCAGCCAUGCUGGUCGGCCUCUGCCUAAGUGCGGUGGCGACGACGGCAACAAGCACCUUUCCAAAGCAAUCCCCUAGCUGUAACUCCCCACAAGACUGCACCACCACCACCGACGCGUUGGCCGGCAAAUCGAAACGAUCGGCCAUCAUGAACGAGCUUACACCGCGAUCGGCCAGCGGCGACCGAAGCCUGCUCGCCGUCUCCUUCGACAGCAACAGCAACAGUGUGCUGGAGGCCACUGGCCCAUCAGGCCGCAACGGCAAGGAUCUGCUCGACGAGUCCUACCAGCGCACCAAGGAGCUGGCCAUGAACAUAUCGAACGUUCAGCGGGCCGUCCUUGCCUCCCAGCAGAACCGUCCGCCCGUGUUUCGAGUGCCGGGACCGGCGCAACCACCAUCGCAAGGCAGUCGGCAGAAUCCGAACCCGGACAUACAAGACAUCAUUACCGGCAUUGUGAAGCUGCUGAAUGGUAAUGUGAAUGUGCACGCGAAUCCUCAGCCCACUAGGCGCCAUUCGGCCUCACGCAUCAACAACCGAGGACCUCCGCGUAUAUCCGAAGCUCAACCGCUGCCGAACGAGUACGAAGGAGAGCUGGGUGCACCGACCUCCUCGCGACCUUUGCUCCAACCGGACCAGCAAGGCCAGCAGCAACCUUCGGGCCCUCCACAGUCAGGCCCGCGGCCCGACGGUCAUCCGAUAAGGCCCUUCCUCACCGGAGUUCCCAUUCCGGAGCAAAUUGUACCGUCCAUGCAGCAAACCUACCGGCCUGGAUUUGUGUCACAGAACCGUCCGCCCUGGCAGAGACCGAAACCACGACCACCGAUAUCUCCCAAUCGACGACCUAUUCCACCGUACAAACCGUACCCAACGAGUCUCGACUAUCGACCGGACAGCGGGCCCAACACGGGUCCGAUUGCUAUUCCUACCAACAACGACGGUGGCAAUGCGAUCGACAACGUAACGGAGAAGGUCAUUGAGGAUCCACCGUACGAGGCUCCACCAAACUAUCCCACAACGACACAGCUGGGCACCACAGAGGAAGUAGAUUCAGAGCAGGAUUACACGACUACUACGAGCACAUCGACCACGACGUCGGAAAGCGAUCAACAGCACCCAAUAACUGGUCCACCGAAGCGAAAAUCCACUCCGAAACCGACGCCACCGACCGAGGUACAGUACACGAUCGAGUCGGCAACGAGUGCGGCCAGCGUGAUGCCUGCGACCGGUCCGAACGGGGAGGUGUACGAUCCGGAAGUAGUGCCGAGCGUGUACGAGAUCAACUCGAUCGAGUAUCUCCCAUCGAGCGGUGUGCUAGAACCGACCCCCUCGACGACCGAUGGCAUCAUUACGACGUCCAGCACUGCUGGAAUUGAACCCUCCAAUGGUGGAGAUCAUUCGCCAACGAUCACUCCAACGCCUACACUGGUGUUGACGAGUGAAACGAUCAAGACAGCGACAACGACCACAACAACGACGACGACCACUACAACGACAACGACGAGUCCUGCUGGUUUGCCACACAGCACGACUUCGGACGUGAUUGCACCAUCGAAAGCCUCGCCCGAGCCGGCCAAACCUUCCGACUAUCGAUUCCAACCACGCCCCGGACUGGUGCUGGACGAUCCGGACUUUAAGCCGGGCGGCGGUGCUGCCGCCGCUGGUCCUGGCAAUAGUAACGCGAUUCGUACGCAAAACCUGCCCCCAUUCGCUAACCGGCCAGAGAUCUACACCGCUCCACCGCCGGGAGCAGGAUCGGGCGCACCCGGUGGACGGCCGCCGAACUAUGGCGAGAUCUUCGACGUGACACUGUCCGCCAUCCAGGGUCCUGGGUCGGGUGGGUCCGGAUCACAGCAGACGAUCAAAAUCAAUCCGUAUUACAACCGAGGACAGCCGGGUGGUGGUGGACAGGGAGGCGAGGCAAGCAUCAUCCUAACAGGCACCGGCACCGAUGGGUUCGUUUCGAUCGAUGGUAAACGAUCGUACAUCGAUCUGUUCGGCACGGAAACGCAACGAAAAACGCAGAUCCAACCCACUGCUACCCGCCCCGCUGGUCCGAUUGCAGCGACGGAACGGCCAAAGCCACCGAAGAUCGGUCCAACGCCACCGGCCCUGCAGCCUGGCAUCAUCGGUACGGGAUACGCUGUGCCAGAAACGGAAUCCCCCGUACAUGCUGGACCGAUUGGGUCAAAUCAAAAGCCUCCCUCGGGUGGCGGAGCGGCAGGCGGAUCGGUUCAUCGAGCUCCCUCCGUACAUCAGAGUCGUCCGAAGUAUCCGGGCGCGAUCGGACUACCACCGGUGCGUAUCGACACGUGCAUCGUUGGGGAUGAUUCUACGUGCGAUCAGGCACAGAACGAACGGUGCAAGACGGAAAAUGGCGUUUCAAGCUGUCACUGCAGGCCCGGGUACGCAAGACGCAAGCACCGGGAACCUUGUCGACGCAUCGUGUCCUUGGCACUGUCGAUGCGCGUGGACAAGAUCUACGAGCGGCGGAUCCAUUGGGACGUGUCGUUGGCGGAUCGAAGCAGCGAGAAGUAUCAGCAGCUAAGCUACGAAGCGAUUCGAGCGAUGGACUCCGCCAUGUCAAUGACACCGUUCUCGGACGAAUUCCUGGAGGCACGCAUCAACGGCAUCUACACGGUCAAUCCGUCCAGUGGGUCUGCCGCCUCCGGUGCCUCUACCGGUGCCGUCUUUGUCAACUACACCGUCAAUUUGGACGAAAAUGCGGAAACACUGCGACCCGCGCUUCGGUCGGACAUUCAGCGCCAUCUGCUCGGCGUGAUCCAUCGGCGGAACAACAACAUCGGCAACUCGGCCCUGUACGUCGAGGCACCGACCGGAGCCGUCUCGAGCGUGCAGGACGUGGAUGAGUGUACGUCGGACGAGCUGAACGAUUGUGACGAGGAGGCACACUGCACCAAUCUGUUCGGUACGUUCCGGUGCGAGUGUAACGUCGGCUUCCGCGAUCCGUGGGCCGACCAGCCGCAGCGGGCGGGGCGAGAGUGCCUGUCCUGUCCGGAGUCGUACUGCACGAACCGGGGCACCUGUAGCUACGAUAAUGCGAACAAUCGACAGGUUUGCAAGUGUCUUGGCAGUUACUACGGGACGCAGUGUGAGAUCGAUGGGGAGGUGCUGGGUGUCGCUGUUGGUGCUUCGGUGGCCGCCGUCAUCAUCAUUGUGCUGACGCUUAUCUGUCUCGUUAUGUGGAGCCGGAAGUGGCAGCGGGAGCACAAAAAUGCAAUGGGCAGCCCGGUGUUUGGGUAUCUGGGCAAUGGGCAGGUGAAGACACCGGUCAUGGGCCAGGCACCGUACCAGGUGACACUGGAGGAUCGCAUGCGGUGGGCGCAGAUUGCGGACGUAAUGGCUCAAGCGAAUCAUUACGCGGUAAGCUACAUCGAUGCUGAGCCCGUUGCAGGACGUCCAUCGUCGGCCAUGUAUGGCUAUCCCAAUCUACAGACGAUCGGUAGCAUGAACACGCUGUCGCUACACGGAACCUUACCCAUGCACACCGGCACCUUACCGCCAGUUCCGUUGCCAAGAACCCUUGGACUGAACCGAAAUGGCAUGCGAACGUUGGAAAACUCCAGCUCCAGCGAGGAGGAGGACCGGGCCGAUCUGCUCGGCCGCAACUUCAAUGUCCCCCGGCCAAAGAGCCGUAGCAAUGCGAGCGUUACGUCCGGCAUCUACUACGACGUGGAUUACGCCCCGACGGGAGCGGAGCAGCUGUACGGUGGGGGCAGCACACUCGGCGGCACGAUAGGACUGGGCGGGCAGAUGGGCGGCGGUGGCGUCGGCGGAGGUGGAAUGGGUGCUGGUGGCACAACGAAAUCGCAAAGCAGCAUACCAAUGAGCACCUACACCUCUUCCGGCCGGCCAUUACAAUCGACGUACUACAAGUGAAGCUGAGCGAAGCGAUCAUUUUCCGUUUCUUCUUUUUUUGAUUUUUUGGCCACAAAUACACACAUACACGGAAUAUGAGCACCGCGGGUCGAUCUCGUUGUGAUAAAUUUGAUUGAUUUCGGAACUGAUCGCGAGUCGAGAGGAGGGGGGGGGGUUG